AUGAUGGCCGACAGUUUCAGUUGGGCUCAUAGCGUAGGUGUUCCAUGGUAUGUGGCUAUUCCAUUGGUUGCAGUUGGUAUCAACACCACAAUUCGAUUCCCUCUACAAUACUACGUUCGUCGUAUACAAGAGGAUAGAAAACCAUUGAAACCCUUGAUCUCAGCUUGGGGGAGACGCCAUAUGAGGGAACAGUUUCGAAAAAAUGACCCAGACCUAUCUUACUACGUCCGAACUGUUCGCGCCUCCGGUGCUACUCAAAAGUCAACGACACGUAUCUACAAGGCCUGGGGUCUUCAACGCUGGAAGGGCUUCGCACCCUUUGCCGGAAUUAUUCCCUUCGUCAUUACGUCUGAAGCACUGCGACGCAAAUGCGGUGCCCCCUUGGGUUGGAUCAGUCACCAGAUCGGUCUAGGCAAUCCAGAUUCAACAACAACAGGCUUGGGAGCUGCAAGCAGCAUGCUUGACGAGUCAUUGGCGAAUGGAGGCUUGCUCUGGUUUACCGACUUGUCUUCAGCUGAUCCUUAUUGCGGUCUACCCGUCAUCUGCUCAGGUAUUCUGGUUUGGAGUAUCUGGGGCAGGAUGGACACGGCCUCGAUCAAGAACCUAUUAGGCAUACGACCUGGAAACGGAACUAGGCCCACGCUCGUCAAUAGAUUCCAGCAACUCCUCGGCAGGACCAUGCUAUUGAUGCCUGUGUUACCUCUUCUAUUUGCCGAUCUGCCCAGCGCCAUCUUUCUUUACUGGGGCACCUCAUUUGCUCUCACUCGGGUUAACGAUACUCUCUUAAACAAAUUGAUUACACCAAAAACUGAAAGCCUGACAAUACCCACGCAAAGUACAGAACUGCCAUUCUUACCACCGCGUCAGCCACAAACAAGGGUAGAGACGCAAGGGAAGAAGAGCGCUUGA